GGCUCAGUUCGGUCCGAAAAUCACUGGAGCGCAGCUCAAAACGUCUGUCAACGGCUUUUCAACAUGAAGGCGUUCAUUGUGUUGUCCAUGGCCCUGGCCAUCGCUUCCUGCGCGGCAGUCGACGACUCCUCCAAGAAGGACAAACGAGGUCUGUGGGAGCUGGACGAUCACCAUCACGGAUUUGACGGUUUCAAUGGAUUCAACGACCAUCACGAGCAUAUCGUCGAUUAUCACCACAAGGAGAUCAUCACCAAGAACGUGGCCGUGCCGUACCCGGUGGAGGUCGAGAAGCACGUGGCCGUUCCGGUUAAGGUCCCAUACCCGGUCGAGGUCGUCAAGAAGGUCCCGGUGGUGGUGGAGAAGAACGUCCCGGUGUACGUCGAGAAGAAGGUCGCCGUCCACGUGGAUCGUCCCGUGCCGUACCCGGUCGAGGUGAAGGUCCCGGUUGUCCACAAGGAGUACGUCGAAGUACCCAAGCCGUACGCAGUUCACGUUGAGAAGCCCGUUCCAGUGUAUGUUCAGAAGCCGGUGUUCGUGGAGAAGCACGUCCCGGUGACGGUGCACAUCAAGGAGCACCACCAGAAGAAGCACUGGGGACUGUUUUGAAGAGGAGGGAGGUUCAAGUUGAU